AUGAGUGAUCUUCUUGGUAGCGAUGGUCGGGGGACUGGGGUUGGAGAUGGGGAAGGUGCGGAUGCGCGAGAAGGGGAGGGAACAGAGGGUGGGAUGCGCAGAAGACGGCCGUGGAAAUACGAGGAGCGGGCGACGGGGGAUCCAGAAUUCAAGGAUGAUCUGCACUCGUGGGCGUUCAGCAACGGGGAGAGCUCGGCGAAGCCGCAACAGUCGGCGGCAGUGAGCGGGUCUGGCGCGGGGAAUGCGGAUGAGAAGACGGAUACAGGGGCGGGGGGAAGUGGCGGAGGGUCGUUGGCGGAGUCCCGGCUGGCGGAGCGCUGGGGCGAUGUGGAGCUGAUGGCGCGGGAGGUGGCUUCUGCUACGGAUAGAGUUGGAUCGUUAGAGGAAAGGGAGGGAUCUUCAGAGGCACAGGGGUCUGGAGAGAAAGAGGGGUUGGAUAGGCCGGUUGAACGGGAAAGCUCAGGAACACAAGGUGGUGGUGGUGGUGGUGGUGGUGGUGGUGGUGGUGGGAGUGGUGGUGAGGGUGAAGGUGUAGGGGAAUCAGUGGUGGAGUGUGUGUCUGGUGCCGGCGGUGCUCGGCCUGUGUCUGCCUAUGGCAAUGCUACAUUCUCCUCCUCUGGCUCGUCGCUUAAUCUAAGACCAAACGCAUCAGCAGUGGCAGCAGCAACGGCACGGGCAUCAGGGCUGGAUGAGCUGAUGGAGCUGGGCGCAUAUGACGACCUGGACCUGCACUCAGUCAUGGCGCUCUCUGACCUCGUGCGCCAUGCCCCCUCCUCCGCCUCUUCCGCCUCCUCCUCCUCUGCUCUCAACCCCACGGGGCAUGCGGCUAUUGGCCAGUCGGCCUCGGCGUCGGCGUCAGCAGCUGGGGUGUAUAAUCGACGUGUGGACAGGCAGAUCCCACGCGCAGCAGUUGUUGCUCUUCAAGCUGCUGCUGCUGCCAAGACCAGCUGGCCGCUUAACCUGCAAGCUCGGUCGGGUCUGCACUUCCCCCCACCGCCCCAUCUGGGGACAGCAACGCACGCGUGUGACAAGUGCAGCCUGCGCUUCUUCUCGCCGCUCAACCACCGCCGCCACAUUCGCGUGCACCGCAAGAUGCUGCGCACCGACAAGGUUGACCUGAGGGGCAUCCGAGGAGACCUUGCUCUCUUCUUGAACAAGCUGGGAAUGCCAGCAGUUCUUGACCACAUAUCACUGCAGGCCCUUUCUGUGGAGGGUAUUCAACUGGUGGACCGUCUGUCCUCUCUGGUGGACAACCAUCGCUUUCCCUUUGUCUCGCCCAUCGCACCACCACUCCCACCCUACCUCAAGCUCGGCCCAGACCUCGUCGCGGUGGUGUUGAACAAGCAGCUGUUAUCAGAGGAGGAUCUCUUCGCCAUGCUGGAUGCGGCCAGUGAGAGCACGUUCCUGCACGGGGGCACGUCCCCUGCCGUGCACCGCUUUGUCUUCCAGCCCACUGCCACGCCCAGCAGCAGCAGUGGUGGCGGUGGUGGUGGUGGGGUUGGUGGCGCGGGCGGUGGCAGCAGCGGGAGGAUCAGAGUGAUGCGCCUGCAUGAUAAGGACUUGGUGGCUGCGCUUGCGUUUCUGCUUGAACAGAAGCUGGUGGAUGCAUACAUGGCAGCGCGAGAGGCAGCAGCACUCAAGCAGCAGCACCUGCUGGUGGAGGAGGAAGCAGCUGCCAUGCACAAUGUUGGCACCUGGAGUAAAGGUGAGGACUCGGAGAAAGAGGAGGAAGAGGAGGAGGAAGAAGAGGAAGAAGCGGAGGAGGAGGAGAUGGAGGAGGAUGAGGAGGAAAGGGAAGAAGAAGAGGAGGAGGAGGACGAGGAAGAGGAAGAGGAGGAGGAAGAGGUCGGGGAAGAGGAGGGGAGAGAGGAAGAGGAGGGAGAGGAGGAGGAAGACGAGGCAAAGAAAGAGCCCCAGCAACUGCAGCAGCAAGUGCGACAGCAGCAGCAGCAGCAGAGGCAGCAGCAGCAGCAGCAACAGCAAGCAGGGGGCGACAGCAGUUCUGAUGGGCUAUCAUCCGAGUCUCUCGAUUCUCCCAAGGGCGCUAGGGUGCACCCAGCACCCAUGUCCGCCACAGACAGUUCAGUGGGCGUGAAAAGCAAGGAGCGUGAGCAGCACACAGUGGGGGCAAGGAGAGAGGGAGCAGACGCAGGGAGUGUAGACAUGGCAGGGACUCGUGCUGCUGCUCGCGCUGCUGCUCGUGCCACGUUGGACCGUUCAGAAGGAAGCUCCGCCUCCGCUGGUGGUGGACCCACGGAUGGACCCACGGGCCCAGGUAGCAGUAAUCUUGAUUUGUCAAACGCCAGGGGGGCACCUGCAGGGACGGGUGCAGCAGGAGGAGGGACAGGCACGGGUGCGGGCUCAGGCUCAGGUUCAGCUGCUGCAAGGACGGGGAGUGCGGGAGGCAGGAGGGGUCGUGGCAAGGGGGGGCAAGGAGGGGGCGGCGAGCGGGGGGAGCAGAGCAGGGGGCGGCAGCAGCGGAGUGGGAAGAGGGAAGCUGUGGGCCCUUAUGUUGGGAUGGCGCUAGACACAAGCGCGGCUGCUGGCAGUGCUGCUGCUGUUCUUGAGAACGCCCCUGCUGCUAGAGGGGUGCUGCGGGGGAGGGAGGCGGAGGUAAGACUGAGUCAGGACAGUCAGGGCGGGGGCAAGGCGAUGGGAGAAGGGAAAGAGGGGGCUCGGGCAGUGGAAAGGAGAGAGAUGCGAAAUCUGGGAAGCAUGUGCAGCAGGGUGGGUCCCAGCACUCCUGCCAACGCUCCUCCUUCCGCCGCUCCCCCUUCCACCUCCCAUCCCGUCAACACCAACGCUGCCACCAUCCCUUCUGUUUCUUCUGCUGCUGCAGCAGCAGUGCAGCGUGCAGGUUCCAGUCCCCAUAGUGAGAAGCAUGCACAUGAGCAGCGCACACAAGCAGCACAGCAGGCUAUGAGUCACGAGCAGCAGCAACAGGAGCAGCAGCAAGCAGAGGUGUCACAGCAGGUUGACGCCCCACAAUCUGAUCCCGAUGCACGUCUGAGGGCUGCUCUGCUGCAUGCCCUGCGCCUCAUGAAGAACCGAUGGGAUGCAGCCGUUUCAUCCCCGGAGACCACCAUCUUACAGCACAGCAUCUCGCCCUCCCCAGCGCCACCCUCUGCCCCCACUGCGUUCCUGGACCGCCUUUGGUCCCAGCUCAAGCACCCUCUCUCCCCUCCUGUGACUUCCCCUGCCAACAACACUGACACGAGCGACGUCACCAUCAGCACCUCCACCAGUAUUGGGAACUGCAACGGACAGUUACCCGCUGUCAGCAGCAGUGUCAGCGGCGAGGGAGAUGGGAUGAAUGCUGCUGAUGGGGUUGGUGGUGGCAGUGGGAGUGCUGGUAUUGCUGCUGCUGCUGGUGCUGGUGGCUCUCAGGCACGUGCGUCUGCCGCAAGGAGUUAA